AUGGUGACCGCACAGGAGGACUCCGACAUCACAUCAGAAGAGAACAAAGAGGAAGACUUCCUAAUCCACAACACACAAAGGGCACCGAGGGCGACCUCUGCUCUACAGCUGGAGCACCUACCUAUGAGUAAGCAGACUAAUCAAAGCUUGCAGCAAAUGCCUGCAAGGACAACCGAUAUUCGAAACUUACUAAAAGAGAUGAAGGCCCUUUUUGCUGUAGACAUUGCAUUGGUCAGGGAGGACUUAGGGGCGAAGGCGGCCUGA